AUGUCGUCCAGAGUCCCGUGCUUUGUCAAAGAACAUAACUGGCCGAAUUCUUUUGCUUUUGCGACGACAGCAGACUUGGAUGGAACGGUUAAUUUGAAGAAGCAGCCUCCGUUAACCUCAAACCCUCGAUGCGUUCUCGUGCGAUCUUGUGAGGACCCGAAUCGGAAGCUUUUCGUGCAGCUCAGCGGCCCGGAGCGAUUUCAAUAUGUGCUACUCAACGCGAGAUCGAUGGAAUUUGCCGGGUUUUCGGAUAAUGAGGAGGCCCUAAUCGAAAGCGUCGAGCCGACCACCUGCGAUGCCGUGGAAAUCGCGCCCCUUUCAGCGGAGGAUUUUCAAGUUAUUGAAGCCAACACCUACGAGAUCGAGGGCACCUUUCUGAACCAAUGCCGACUGGUCUCGCAGGGAAUGGUGAUCCCAUUCUUUGCAAGUGGUGGCCGGCCGGUGCUUUUUAAAAUUGUCAAAAUCCAUCCGGAAACGACCAAGCCUGUCUUGCUUUCCGCACAUACGGAGCUUCACGUAGCACCUGUGGCCAACGGCUUCAUCAAGCAGUCCAACCGGGAGGAGAAGCGGAACAGCGAGGCCCAAUUUAGCAAGGUAUGGCUCUGUAAAAUUUCUGUUGACGUCGUAAUUUUGGACAAAUCUCAACCCUAUGGCAGUAUCCUCUACGUCGCGAUCAGGACACUACGUCCGGCCUGUCCGGAAGUGUUUGCCAGGCUUCAUUUGAUGUCGCAUUCGGCGCAACAGGACGAAAAGUUGAGCAAGUUGCAGGAGUUGUUAAAUGUAGUCGAACUCGGCGAUCCGCUGUGCAUAAGCCUGGAUCGCGAAGUCAGGAGAUUGGCUUCAGAUUCUGCCUUGUUACUUGGAAAUCAGGGAGCAACCGUUCGAGUAGUUGUGGAAGGCACCACUCUAUCGCUCCUGCUCUGCCCCACCUUUAAGGAGUUAUCCGAAAAUCCGCAUAACGGCAAGAAUUUUUGCUUCCGGGUGACCGAGAAUACAAGGCCAAUUUUUCAGAAAUCCUCUGCUGAACAUUCUACCCCAGCAGAAGAACGAGUCAUCAAUUUUGGCUUCGAGGCCAGGCACAAGUUGAAGGAGUUCAGUUUUCAAAACAAGCUGAUCGAGUCGAUCGAAUCGUGGCUGAACUUUGGCUGGGGAGGAAAGGCGGAUUUGACCUCUAACCACUUGCUGAUUCUCGGCCCUUCCGGAUCGGGCAGAAGCUCACUGCUCGAGAUUUUGGCCAAAAAGUUGGCGCAGUCAUCGAAAGUGAUCUUUUCCAGGCGAUUGGAAUGUUCUGCCUUAAAAGGGAAACAAGCCGAGAAGCUGAAAAAGCAGCUGUUGCACGAGAUGGAGAUGUGUACGAUCCGGAGUCCAGCGAUUAUAUUUCUUGAUGGAAUCGAUUUGAUUGCCCAGUCGAAUCGUGAUGAAGAGCAUAGAAUGCUGCAGAUCGAAAGGAUCUUUAUGAUGCUCCGUGACCUCCUAAAAUCCAACGCGCACUUCCAAUUCGUCUUCACCGCCAAAUCACUGCACUCGAUACACCCAAUUUUGGUGGGCGGCGGCGGGAACCGCUUUUUCGGGCUGACGCUCAUGAUUGACGACCUGGCAUUGGUAGGACAAUUU